AAAGCAGAUAACGGGUCUGGCCAGCCUGCAAGCGGAACAUCGCCGUUCAUGCCAUUUGACUGCUUUAUGUCUAUCCCGUUUAACUCUUGCCGUCGAGACGCCUACGCCUGAAUUGGGGCUUCUCUCAUUCACGGAAGACAGGAACUCGAUUGCAGUCUGAACCCGAUGACCAUCACGGUGAUGAUGCAUCGGUGGAAUUAUCACUCCGGUGUCUGACUGCGAUGGAGCCGACCGCGCUCAAGUGGAGCUUCUCGCUCGCUCGCUGGCUAGGUAGCGAGCUAGCUGGCUAACGGUGCCCGCCGGGAUUCACUCGACCCCCUUGAGCGAGCAGCCCUGGAUAACGUCGCCUGCCUCGAUGGGUGUGAUUGCGGUUUUAGUACACUGGGAGUGUAGCGACGACACCAGACGAAUUGAGCGAUGUCCCUAGUUUUGACCAUAAAACGGACCAUAUCUGCUCAAAAAUGUGCUAACCUAUUGGAUUAAGUUUUUCCCUGCACAUGACGGCGUUCGCCUGGCUUCAACUCGUUCGCUUUUUGCUCCAUCUUUAAUGCUCUUUGGAUGCUUCUGUGACAUUAAUUCGACGGUGUGGAUUACGAUGGCCCAGCUGUUGGACGGGGCCGGCAAACUGGGCUGGACUCUGCUCAAGGCUGUGCUCCGUUUCGUGUUUAUGUUCAUCAACAACUGUGUAGCCAUCCCGUCCUACUGCCUGUACCUACUUGUGCUGCAGCCCCUGAGAAUAUGGCACAGCUCCACGUUCUGGCACGUUGAGGGAUUCAUGUUUAAAUGGCUGCUGGCCAUGGUGUCGUCGUGGGGCUGGAUCGCAGGCUACACAGUAACGGAAUGGGGUGAUGAUGUGCGGCCCAUCUCUGAAGAUGAAGCCAUGGUCAUUGUCAACCAUCAAUCCACAGGAGAUGUGUGCACCCUCAUGAUGUGCCUGCAAGACAAGGGCAUGGUGGUACGAAAAAUGAUGUGGUUAAUGGACCAUGUGUUCAAGUACACAAACUUUGGUCUAGUGUCCCUCAUACAUGGUGACUUCUUCAUCAGACAGGGUAAAGCCCACCGAGACAAGCAGCUGGUCUACUUGAAGGAUCACCUAGACAAAUAUUACCAUAGUCGUGACAGGAAGUGGAUAGUUCUGUUCCCCGAGGGCGGCUUCCUGCGCAAACGGAGGGAAACCAGCCAGACGUUUGCCAAAAAGCAUUCUCUACCCCACUUGACCCACGUCACGCUGCCUCGCCUUGGUGCCACCCACGUCAUCCUGAAAACUCUAUCAGCCCAGCAUGAGAAUGGCAGUGUGAGCAAUGAGAGCGGGACAACCAACCGGACAGGCAAAAAGCGCAAAGGCCUGCAGUGGGUGAUAGACGUGACCAUAGCUUAUCCCAAAGCACGGCCCAUGGACAUCCAGACAUGGAUUUUUGGAUACAGGUCGGCGACAGUCACACAUGUUCACUACAGGAUGUACCCCAUUAAAGAGGUUCCUGUAGAGGAGCAAGCUCUGACGAACUGGCUGUAUCAGAGGUUUGUGGAGAAAGAGGACUUGCUGGCCCACUUCUAUGACACAGGAGCGUUCCCGCCUCCUGAGGGCCAGAAGGAAGCGGUCUCCCGACAAAUGACCCUGGACCCUCUGUGGCUGUGCGUUAUCCAGUCGUUCGCGUUCGUCUCCGGCUACAUGUGGUACAGCCUAUUGCGGCACCUCUACUGCGGUAUGUUUUGAGUACGGCAACGAGGCGAGCAGGAAAAAGCGCCUCUCGGGAUCCGCCGGUGUCAUGCAAUGGAUGAAUGUACAUUUGCGAUUUGCGUGGCAAGACUAAAGACGGGGGGCAACAAAAAUAUAUGUAUACGACGUGUAGACAAACAGAAUUACAGCCCUGACACUACACAUGAUCUCACACAUCACGGCGCUCAUGUUGAUGUUUACACAUAGGCCUUCACACAGUCAUACAUUCAAGAGGCUCAGGACCAAGGACCGUUGUAGUUUCAUGGAGUGUGUAUGGACGUUGUGCGUCUGUGAAUACUGUGAGAGUAGAAGCAUCAAGUCCGCCCUUUACCCUGCCCUCUUUGUGACGCCCAGCGGACAUCUCGAAGCAACUGUGUGGACUCUCUGCUCCCCCUCUCCCUUGGCCCACAUUGCACUAAGGAUCCAAACUGCUCCCUGGCCCAGGAUAUAUUCCUGAAUGGUAGCUGCCUAUAUAUGUUUUUUUUUGUGUGCGUGUGUGUUUUGUUUUUCUUUUUAGCCCACGCAUCUCCACAACGACAGCCAGCACAUUUAUCUUUUCAUUGUCAUCUGGACUGUUUACACUGGCGAACCCGCUCCAAGUUAAAUGCCGUCAAACUUGAGUGGGAACAUGCAGAUCACUUGAAAAGCAACUUGUGUGGACUCCUGUUUGCUCAUAUACAUACGUGCACACACAGCACAAGAUGGACUGAGAAGGCUUGGACUCUCUUUUUUUUUUUUUCAUCCCCGCAUCAAACGGCAUAGUUUUACAAUUAUUUAAGCCAUACGCUCAGUGUUGUCCACAAACACAAGGGAACAAAAUUGUUUGUGCUGAGUGCUUUCCAUAGGAUUCAAAAAAAUAAGACCGUUCACUUUGGCUUUAAGAAGUGUAGGCAUCGAUACAGUAAGAUGAAGUGAUGAAGUAUGGGUGCCCCCCAACCCCUUUUAUAUUGAACUUUUUCCCCCUUGUGUGCUUUGUGUUGUUACCGUGUGACGUCAGAAAGUGGAGACAAUUCAUUUUUUUUUUUUUUUUUUUUUUUCCCAUUUUAAAUGACAAAAAAUCCUCUGUAGAUAACAAACCUCGAAAUGCAAUGUCCGUCACCUG